ACAACACAGAGUGCGGCCCCCGAUCCUGCACUCUGUCCCUGCAGGAUUAUCACACACAUAUGAGACGCCGCUGAUGCACAUGUGUUUGUGUGGACCUUUUAUGCUGGCGUCAUGGAGCUCAGUCGGCCUGGCAGGCAGCAUGAGGCCGAUGAUGAUGAUGCAGCCGUUCAGUACAUGAUUGAACAGAGUUUCAUGGAGGUCAGCAUUCGGGAGCCGUUCAGAGUCUCCAAAACACGGGACAGCAGGAGGUCAGAGUCUGCAGACAGCAGCCAGAUCUUCACUGCUAUUAGACAAGGUAACGAGCAGCUCCUGAAGGACCUGAGUGUCAGACAAACAGAAGGGUUCGGACUGGCAGACAGCAGAGGUUGGACGCCUCUCCACGAAGCAGCAGCUCAGAGCAACCACAGCAUCCUGGAGCUCACGUAUAAGGCUUCAGGCCCAGACUCGGUGAAGUGUCGCAGUCUGCGAGGUCAGACUCCGCUCUUCCUCGCAGUAGAAGAAGGUCUCCUAGAAAACGCUUCCUUCCUCCUUAAACACGGAGCCGACCCGGACAGCCAGGAUGACAACCAGGACUCCCCGCUGUUUGUAGCGAUCCGCUUAAACCGUCUGGACCUGGUGAAGCUGCUGCUCCUGCAGGGCUCCAGCGUGCACCAGGAGGCCUGCCACGGCCGCCGGCCCCUCCACGAGGCCUCGCGGUUGGGCAGAAUAGAGAUGGUAAAGGUGCUGCUGGAGGCCGGAGCGCGGCCCGACCCACGCAGCCACUACGGCCUCACGCCGCUGGCCCUGGCCGCCCAGGAAGGUCACCUAGAGGUGGUGCAGACUCUCCUGAAGAAAGGCGCCGACGUCCUCUCUCAGGCGCAGGACGAGGCAUCGAUCAUAUACGAAGCGUCUGCAUCCGGAAAGCCAGCCGUCAUCCGUCUGCUGCUGGAAUACGGCGCGGACGCCAACGUGGCCAAACACACGGGACACAUGCCCAUCCACCGCGUGGCUCACCGAGGACACCUGGAAGCUCUGAAGCUGCUGCUGCCUGUCACCUCUAUGGAGGACGUCAGUGACAGCGGGAUGAGUCCCCUUCACUCAGCUGCUGCAGGAGGACACACAAACUGCAUCGAGGCCUUGCUGGACGCAGGUUAUGACCCCAACUACAUGCUCCAUCCCUGGGUCCGCCGUAGCUACGAUGAUGAGAGGAAGUCGGCCCUCUUCUUCGCCGUCUCUAAUAAUGACGUGCCGUCAGCAGAACUGCUGCUGGAGGCCGGAGCCAUGGCCAACCAGGACCCAGUCAAAUGUCUGCAGGUUGCACUGCGUUUGGGCAACUAUGAGUUGAUAAACCUGUUGCUGCGGUUCGGCGCCAACGUCAACUAUUACUGCCGGAUAAACACGACACACUUCCCGUCAGCGCUGCAGUACGCCCUCAAAGACGAGGUGAUUCUCCGGAUGCUGUGUAACUAUGGCUACGAUGUGGGGCGCUGCUUUGACUGUCCCUACGGGAACAAAUCCCACAUCCCUGAAGACUACGAGGGGUGGAGCAACACCGUGAUCAAAGACACGAUGUUCUGCGAGGUGAUCACCGUUUCCUGGCUCAAACACCUGUCAGGUCACGUGGUUCGCAUCCUGCUGGACUACGUGGAUCACGUGGCCCUGUGCUCCAAACUGAAGGCGGUCCUGAUGGAGCAGCGGCAGUGGGCCGACAUCUGCAGACUGCAAGAAAACGCCCGCUCCCUGCAGCAGCUCUGCCGCCUGCGGAUCCGCCGGAGCCUCGGCCGCCGGCGGCUCCGGUCCCCGGUCUUCAUGAGCUUCGUGCCGCUGCCGGCGCGGCUGAAGGACUACAUCCUGUACCGGGACUACGACCUGGAGCUGGUGGAGCAGCACACCAGGCCGAGACGAUAAACCAAAGUUAUUAAAGUAGCGAUGAUUAGUUAUUUACCUGUGGACAACGUGUUUCUGAGCAGGUGUGAAAUCAUAGUUUAUCCCCAAACUGGCCAAAGAAGGCAUGUGUUAUUAUCCACAUAUAACACAUUAAAUAACUUUAGAUUAGAUAAGACUUUAUUAAUCUCUUUGGGAGUUUUCUG